AUGCGUGAGGAUGAUGAGAAAGUGGAUGCUCAUGCAAUGCUUGGCUAUGGUCAUGGUUAUCUAUUACCAUGGAUGGCUCAUUGGAAUCACACAAGUUACAUGUCAGCAAUAAAUCCGGGAUGGAAUGGUUCGACGAGUGUUGGACCGGAGGUCAGAUCAGAUCGUUCCAUGGAUGUUGUUGGGGUGGUUGGAGAGGCAAAUGGGGCCACAAGGGUUGGUUUUGGUUCCGAACCAUCUCUUGUAUCCGGUGUUUCUGAAAAAUUGAAGGGAAGAUCGUCAUUUCAGAGAGAAGAAAAAAGUGUUUUCCGCAAGGUAGAUGGAAAGUCUGGAACAGAAUCAUGCUCGGGCGAUGACAAGGUUUCCCCCAGCAGAGUUAGGUUGCCAUUAGUAUCUGCUCCUCAUAAAAUAGAAACUUCAGUAGAAAAGUGUCAAUUAUUGUCUCAAAGAGUGCCGAUGAGAUCCUUGAGGGAUACUGAACCGAAGAACUUAACUCUUUUGACACCGGUGAACAACUCGGUAAAAUCAGCUUCUGACGUGGUACUCACAAAUGUAUAUGACAAAGGAAAAUCUGUGAUGAAUGAAGUUACAGGUGGACCGCGCGAAGUAUAUCCAUCGAGCUACAGUUCUGCACCCCAAGAACAUUACACAAGCACUAAAUUUCAUAGUUAUUCUUCUCUAAGUGUCCCUGAGAAGCAGACGAGUAGCCGAUUAGACCAUCAAAGAUAUUCCCUAUCAAGAUUGAUGCGAGGCAGCUUCACUCAUUUUCCGCAUGAUCCCAUAGCUGACAGUGAUGAUGACGGACACCAUGUUGUUCGUAGUCAGCACCACAAGAUUCAAAAUUUAAUUGCCAAUCCAAACAUUUCAAACCCGACUUCACUCUUGGAGUCAACUAAUCCAAAAAAUGUCUACUCUUCGGUAGAGAAAAUGCCACAAUCUGUUUAUGGUGUGAAGGAUGCAAGUAAAUACACCAAUGUAGAUUCCGUAGAAGAAUUAUCAAGAGGUCUUCCCAACAUUUCCCAAGCAACGCAUUAUUCUCUGAUGUCAAAAAUUCCCGGUGUUAAUUUAUCCGACAAAGGUCAGGUUUUUAGACAGUCAAUGCCACUUACAAAAUUCAAAGGAAAUAAUUUCAAUAAGAACUUUGAUUUAUCUCUGAAUCCACCCGCUAGUGAUCAUAUUAAACUAGAAACUCUAGGGGGUUACGGAAAAAGUGAAGGGAAGGAAAGUAUUUCCGAUUUCAAAUGUCCAACAAGCGUGACGAAUGGAUCAACUCCUGAACCUGACACUCUGGACAUUGGUACUUUACAUGAGAAUAACAAUCUUCCAGGCGAAGCUCCAAUGCUGUCAAAUAAGUGCUCCAAGGAUAGUCAAAACUCACUCUCGACUCUAGGCGCAACAACUUCCGCUAGAGAGAAAAACCUAGAGAAGUCUGGGAACAUAAAUGAAGAGCACCACGAACUUCUCACUCUGGCAAGUCCCGUUGACAUGGAGACUAGCACAUCAAGAACUCGUAGCCUUGAUGUGGACCAACUGUUUUCUCAAGAAAAAGGACAUGCAAGGUCAAAAUCUAGCAAUAGUUCUUUGGGAUCAGACCCAAGUAGCAGAUGGGUUAAACGGCUCAAGUUAUGCUCAUCAGAACAUGCUCUUGGCACGAAGAGUGAAAAUAUUGGAGAAACCUCGCAUGUAAAAUUAACUAAUAUUUUCAGCAAAACUAUGAAAGAUAGCAAAAAUUUGGAAGCCGAAAUGGUAUAUAAUGAAGGUCACGCCGAAGGACAGAUGGUACUAGAACCACCUCUAGUAUUAUCAAAUGCCGAGUCCUCUUUUACCAAAGCGAAGGAAGCUGUAGAAAUUACACUUUCACAUCCUUGGAUUCAGAGAUGGAGUCAUAAUCGGGCUGCUUGUAAUAAAAACAGGCACGAAACAGUUGAGAAUCGUGAUUCAAAGUCUUCAAACAGUGCGGCAGAAGAGUUAAAAAACAAGCCGUUUCCAAGCGUUGCAGCCAUGGCCCUAAUGGGAAAGGCAAUGAAUAGUUUGAAUCCCUCCGAGCUUACGAAAAAAGGACCUGUCAUUGUUUGGAACAUGAAGGGACUUUGA